CACAAUGACAAGUUAUUCGAUAAGAAACUGAUCACCAAUAUAUCGCGGUAGUCGUUUUUUGGUCUAUACAGGUUCAAUGCCUGAUGCAAAUCAUCAUCAAUCGAAUCGCGGUCUUAAUGCUGGUCCCUUCCCAUGCAAUACGACUGAAAUGGGCCGUCUUCACCAUUCUGCUCGCCGUCAAUAUCAGCGUCUUCUGCAUAUGGAUACCAGCACGGCUACAGAUUAGUGAAACAUAUGUUCAAAUUAACGAAAUAUGGGAUCGCGUAGAAAAAGGAAUCUUCCUUGUUGUUGAUGCAGGUUUGAACUUGACGUUUAUCUAUCUUGUCAAGUCACGCUUAAUUGCAAGCGGCCUGACAAAGUACACUGUACUUUUCAGAUUCAACUUGGCCAUGAUUGGUAUAUCGAUAUCACUUGACAUUAUUAUUAUAGGGCUCAUGUCCCUACCCAACACGCUGAUUUACGCUCAAUUCCACCCCCUUGCCUAUUUGCUUAAGCUGCACAUCGAGAUGGGCAUGGCAGACCUUAUUGCAAAAAUCGUCAAGGCUUCACACCCGAUGAAUCCCCAUCUGGAACCGAGGGGCGAUAACAAUGACAUCACGCCAGACUUGAACAAGGACGAAUCUUUGGUGAGAUCCCCUGGGUCCAGGAGAUUUUCACUGUCAUAUUUAGGCAGGCGAGACAUGUUGAGCUCAAACAGUGCUCUGUCGGAACAAAUUAUCGCGGAGCUAACCGGACAGUCUGUCGGAGCAGGAUCUCAACUUGAUUCCCAAUCAGAUUCAGAUUUGAGACUAUUGGAAUCAUCAGAGAUUUUGAAUCGCCCUCGUUGGCUUCGUCGUCACUUUACAGAGCCUGGGAACCUGACUGGGUUGGAAAUGACAAGACAGUCUUUAUCUAGUCGCCCAGACUCUAGCAGUACAGCAAGAGACCAUGACCAAGAUGUGGCAUGGUAUGUUUAAUGAACAGUUCGGGCAUAUUAUGAUACCCUACGGAGUUUAAGGAUUGGAAAUCGUUUGAGCAGAUGAAUUGAGG